AUGUGGGAAGCUGAAGAGAGUGCAAAGCUGUUCCUGUGCUCCUGCCUGCUGUUCCUCUCUGUGGCCACCUGGGGUGCUGGGUCACACAUCCCAAGAGAACGACAACCCAGCUUCAGAGCAAGUUCAGGUGACAUACAGAGCUGUGAGCAGUGGAGGAAAGUGUGUCUCGCACAAGGAGAGGAGAAGGACUCUGUUGCAGCCCCAUCUCUGGAGAUGCCUGAGACCAACAAUGGUCUCGUUCUUCAUUCCUCGUUCCUCAGCUCCCUGCCUUGGAGCUGCAAAGAAAUCAAGACAAAUCAUCCAAGCUCAGAGGAUGGGCUAUAUCUGCUCCGUACAGAGAAUAGGGUCGUCUACCAGACCUUCUGUGACAUGACCACGGAUGGGGGCGGCUGGACCCUGGUGGCCAGCGUGCACGAGAACCACCUGGCCGGGAAGUGCACGGUGGGGGAUCGCUGGUCCAGCCAGCAGGGCAGUCGCACUGACUAUCCGGCGGGGGACAAUAACUGGGCCAAUUACAACACCUUUGGGUCUGCUGAGGCGGCCACCAGUGAUGACUACAAGAACCCCGGCUACUACGACAUCCAGGCCGAAGACCUGAGCAUCUGGCAUGUACCUAACGAGACUCCGAUGGGGUCCUGGAGAAAGAGCUCGCUGCUGCGGUAUCACACCUCCUCAAACUUCUUCCGGAACCAUGGGAACAACCUCUUUGGCCUAUACCAGAAAUACCCUGUGAAGUACAACCUUGGCAAGUGUCUGAAUGACAAUGGUCCUGCCAUUCCUGUGAACUAUGACUAUGGAGAUGCCCAAAAAACUGCCUCUUACUACUCUCCCGAGGGUCAAAAGGAGUUUGAGGCCGGGUUCAUCCAGUUCCGGGUGUUCAAUAACGAGAAAGCAGUCAAUGCUCUGUGUCCAGGGAUGAAAGUCACAGGGUGUAACACAGAACAUCACUGCAUCGGGGGAGGAGGCUUCUUCCCAGAGGAUGAUCCCCGGCAGUGCGGGGACUUCUCUUCCUUUGACUGGGAUGGAUACGGGACUCACAAAGGGAAUAGCAACAGCCGGGAGAUCACGGAGGCAGCAGUGCUUCUGUUCUAUCGCUGA